AUGUUCACAGGUGGCAUCGACAGUGCAGGCGUCUUUUGGAAUGCUUCUACACGGUUCGCCGAUGGGAUGCGCUUCGGAUUUGGCACAGAAGUUGGUAUCAGCACCAACAAGAUCCAUUCGCGCGGACCAGUUGGACUUGAGGGGCUUACCAUCUACAAAUACCUGAUCCGGGGGAACGGCCAUCGAGCAGCCGACUACCAUGACGGCGAAGGAGGACGGAAAUAUCUACACCAGAACUUGCCCUUGGGUUUGUAG